AUGUACACUAUCAAGCCUUCCCCCGGAAAGGGUCUUGGUGUGUUCGCCACCCAAGCCAUUGAGCGCAACGACAAGAUCGUUCAUGAACCGGCGCUUCUCUCACAGACGAAUGCAGAAGAGUUAGAGAAAGGAUCACGGUUCAAAUGUCUCAUUGACAAGUUCGACCAGCUUGAUGACAACAAGAAGGCACAAUACCUAUCAUUGUCUCACAGGGUCGUUGGAUUUGACAAGGAAACGUAUGAUGUAUUACGCUAUUUCAUAAACACUACUCAACCUAGAAUCGCCGAUGAUGAUUAUCAGAAAACUUUCCAGGAAUUGACCCGAAUGUUGGACGUAUUCAAUACGAAUUGUGCUGCUAUGGUAAAAUCUAAUCGUUUGGAAGGGUUUGGAAUCUUUCCCAUUUACUCACGGAUCAACCAUUCCUGCAUCCCAAAUGCUAGAUGGCAAUACAACUACACGGUAAACGAGAUGGAAGUACACGCAGUCCGCGACAUCGCCGACAACGAGGAGAUUACAAUUACCUAUUUUCCCUAUGACCGGAGUCUCUCUACCUUUCAAGACAGAGAGUGGGACUGUCUUCUACGCGGCUUCCAAUGUGACUGUGAAGCAUGCGCGGACCCGGACCCGGACCUGCGGGACGGUAGACGCGAGAGGAUGUGCGAACUGAUGGGGUUCUUUGAAGACUACAAUCUUGGUGCUUUUAUUAAUGAAGUCGAGCUUAAUCCCCCCUUUGGAACGCCGGAGCCAAUACGACUUGCUUUGGAAUUAGUCAAGUUGUUGGAGACAGAGGGUUUGUUCGGGGACAGUCUAGCAUAUGCGUGUGAUUUGUUGUGCGAUUUUUACUGCGUCUUAGACCAGUGGGAUGAAUGGGAAAAAUUCGCAAUCAAAUCCAACCUAAAUUCCCCAAAUCCUUUGAGUGAGAUAGCAAUUGCUUCUACAAAGGACUCCGAGACUGCUGGCUUCAAUAACGAGGCCACCGGUAUCGCCGAGGGUUCAAGUACAUAGGGUAGAUAUGGAUGGAAACACCUAUGUAAUUAGUUAGAUAGGUAUCACUGUCAUCUCGGC